AUCGAUCGCUCGUUCUUCCCCGUAUAUCAGGUCGCUCCCCUUUUAUUAGAGGCGCCGUUGACACUCGUGGUCUACCUAUAUGGAAUGACACGGUGGGCGGCGCAGCCUCCAUCUCUGAUGAACCUCGUGUUAUCUACGCGAGCCCUGUCCAUCAGGAGCGAUUGCACGCAGGGUCUUGUCAUUCCAAAAGCAGUCAUUCUUUUGUGAGGCCCCUGGUUCUCUACUCGUCGCGUUGGUUGUCCGCUGAUGAUACUUAUGAUCACAGGCCGAUUCGCUCCGCGUCUGUUCUUUCAUUUUCGGUUCUCGUUUUCCUUGUGAUACCAUUCACACCGCACCUAUCGCGUGCUCCGCGAGCAGUGUUCGUUGCGUGAUGGACUCGUUUCACGUUUUCUCGGCCUAUCGAUGUGCUCUUAGACGUCACUUUUCAUGUCAAAGUGUACCGCGACGCGGUGUCGGUCAGAACCGAAACCCGCCGACCGACGCGUUGAGAGAGGGCACAGAGGCCAGUGUAUCUGGGGUCCCGCGACGCAGGAGCGUCGUCGCCGAUGCGCGCAUACAGCGCGCCUGCUCUGCCCUUAUUUCGAACAGACCUGAAGACGAGACCGGAUGAUGCCACGCCGCGUUUGCGGUACCGAUAUCGAUCGCGCGCUGUGUAAGUUUAGGCUCGGCGGUGUGGUGGUCAACUCGAGACUUAUGCCCGGCGGGCACAGUAUACAGAGCGCCGAGUGCCCUGGCGAACUCUAAGCAAAUAUUGCCUAUGCGGAGCUAUGCGGGCGCAGUCUGGCGCGGUACGCGAUCGAGCAUCUACAUCUGCAGACCAACUGCCUUUGACCACUCUCAGACCGCAGACUUGGAAGAGGCUAGCGCGGCGCGGGAAUCGUCGCCGCCGGCGCCCGUGCUUGCCCUGUCCAGGACAGUCCAUGCUGCCAGCGGCGGCAAGUAUGCAGCGUGCCGAGGUCGCCAUUGCUGAAUGAUGCCGAUGUGUACGUUGUGCCGCGGCUGCUCGAGGCGCUCACGAAUCGAUGUUGGCGCGGAUUUCUCGAGGGACGAUGCAGUGUACUCGGACGACGAUGGUCGCAACGCAAUCGGCGGCUGGUAGGAAGUGCUCGUGUGCAGCCGUGUCGCAUGUAACGUGUGUGCAUGUGUCGACGUGCCCUGACGCAAUUCCGAGAUAUGUAUAUCGAGCUAUGUAUGGUACCGGUAUCGAGCCUCUCCGCUGCCCCCUGGACGGAUGCAGUGGGAUGUUUACCGGG